GAGGCUGGACAAUGUUGUCUUUUGAUUCAACUGUUUGUUGCAGCAGUCUUAAUCCUUCUUAUUUCUGAAUGACCCUAAUAAAAUCAUGGACACAUAUUUGUUGUAUCUCCUUGCAUUACCUUGAAGCAUAAUAAUUGUCUCCAUACUAUAUUUAGUAUUUGAAUAUUACUUCCUUAUCUCUUACAUGCCACUUCUUUACUAUUCGCACUUUGUUAUGGGGUUAAAUAAACCCCCAUUAAAUGAACCUAAUUAAAGCUUAACUUGCCAAUAUCUUUUGUUUUUUUCUUUUGGCUUUUUCUUGGCAGCAGUCUGUUCUGUUUUCAACAAAUUGAUUUCUUGAUAUUUUGCACCACCUUCAUAAGCCUCAUAAUUAUCAUUCAGAAAUCUCUUUUGCCUGUCUCUUUAUUACUGCUACUAAUGUUAUCACUAUACCUUUAGUUAAAAAUCUUACAUUGCAACUCCCUUGAUUCUUAUCUCAUGACACUAUAUCAAUUGAAAUUCAUGCUCUGCAACUCCUUUUGGCCAUUCAUAUUGUUACCUCCUUUCAAUUUGUGCAUACUUCUUCCCAUGAAUUCUUCUGGCCUCUUUACCUUCUUCACAGUUACCUUGCAAGCUUGUACAAUUAGAUACCUAAGAUGCCACGGGAAAAGGAAAAUACAUCAGCUGCUGCUGAGCCAGUGGAAUCUGAAAAGCAAGUUGUCUCUGGUGAGAAGGUUGAUCUUGAUGAAGACAAUGAUCCUGAGGAGAACAUGGAGGAAGAGUAUGAGUAUGAAGAGGUAGAAGAAGAAGAAGAAGAGGAAGAAAUAGAAGAGGAGGUGGAAGAAGUAGUGGAAGAGGAGGAGGAGGAUAAUGAUAAUGCCAAUGAAGUUGAUGCACUGAAAAGCACUAACGGUAAUGAUAUGAAAGUUGAAGAUGAGGAUGAGAAGAAAAAACAUGCUCAGCUUCUUGCUCUUCCUCCUCAUGGUUCUGAAGUAUACAUUGGUGGCAUUCCUCAUGAUGCUUCUGAGGAUGAUUUGAGGAGUUUUUGUGAGACCAUAGGAGAAGUUACUGAGGUUCGAAUAAUGAAAAGCAAAGAUUCGAGUGAGAACAAAGGCUUUGCAUUUGUCACCUUUAGAAAUGUAGAACUGGCCACCAAAGCUAUUGAUGAGCUGAAUAAUGCUGAAUUUAAGGGUAAAAAAAUAAGAUGUUCUACAUCUCAAGCAAAGCACCGACUAUUCAUUGGUAAUAUUCCUAGAAACUGGGGAUUGGAAGAUCUAAGGAAGGUUGUGUCGGAGAUUGGGCCAGGAGUUACUGGUGUGGAACUGGUGAAGGAUAUGAAAAACUCAAGUAACAACAGAGGUUUUGCUUUUAUUGAGUACCACAACCAUACAUGUGCUGAAUACUCGAGGCAAAAAAUGAUGAACCCAAAGUUCAAAUUAGGCAGUAAUGCUCCGACUGUGAGCUGGGCUGACCCAAGGAAUGCUGAUUCUUCUGGUGCCUCUCAGGUGAAGGCAGUCUAUGUGAAGAAUUUACCAAAGAAUGUAACUCAGGAUCAGUUAAAAAAGCUUUUUGAGCAUCAUGGGAAAAUUACUAAAGUGGUUCUCCCACCAGCAAAGUCUGGGCAGGAAAAGAAUAGAAUUGGUUUUGUACAUUUUGCGGAGAGGUCUAGUGCCAUGAAGGCACUGAAGAACACUGAAAAAUAUGAACUUGAUGGCCAAGUUUUGGAAUGUUCUCUUGCAAAGCCACAAGCAGAUCAGAAGUCUACUGGAGGAUCGGUUUCUCAGAAGCCAAGUUUACUUCAAAGUUAUCCACCUCAUAUUGGUUAUGGUUUGGCUGGGGGAGGCUAUGGUGCUAUGGGUGCAGGGUUUGGUGCUGCACCUCUUGCACAGCCUAUGAUCUAUGGAAGGGGACCAACUCCUGCUGGCAUGGCAAUGAUGCCAAUGCUUCUACCUGAUGGGCGGAUUGGAUAUGUCCUGCAACAGCCAGGAACUCAGCCACACAGUUUGCCUGCACAUCAUAGGAAUAGUGGCAGGAGUAAUGGCGGGGGUGGGAACAAGAGUGGUGGUAGUUCAAGCAGGGGGAGGCACAGCAAUGAUGGAGGUCGUGGGCAAAGAUAUCGCCCGUAUUAGUGACAUCUGUUAAAUGCUUAAAUUUAUAGAUGGGAAUGUGUUACUACUAAAGCCUAUAAUUGUUUGGUAUUUGAUUAUAGCAGCAUGUUAUUAUUUAACUAAGUUAAUAGUUGUAGAAUCCUGCAUACAAUGUGAUUAUAAUAUAUGGUAUUAGUCAUUUAGUU